GUGGGUAUGAGGCAGAGAGGAAGAGAGGGGGAGUGAGAAAGACCAGAAGAACAAGACAGAGCAUACCCGAGCUGCAUCUGAAGUUUGUUCCUACCAUUGACUUCACCUCACUCCUUGAGAUAUGAGACUCGCAGACUAAACAAAUGUAUCUUUAACAGCUCACUUAUUAGAUUCUCAGCCUGGUCGCGAUGAGUGCGUCUGCAGCGUCUGCAGGGACGGGAGUGUUUGUGCUCUCCUUGAUGUCCAUCCCCAUCUGCUAUUUAUUUAAUUCCUUCAUAGCCAACAGCGCUCAAGCUUUCAUCUUCGCUGGGUGUUCAACAGUCAUCAUCCUGUCAAUUGCACAUUUUAUGUUCAAGAAGAAGGCUCCAGCAGAUCCUCUUUUCUAUGUGUAUGCAGUGUAUGCCUUCUUCAGUGUUGUGAAUCUGAUCAUUGGGUUGGAGCAGGACAACAUCAUUGAUGGAUUUGUGACAUUUUACCUCAGGCAGGCAGAUCCACAUAUUAACACAGCAUAUGGGCACAUGAUCUCCUACUGGGAUGGCUGUGUUCACUAUCUCAUGUAUCUGCUCAUGAUUGCUGCGAUUACUUGGGGGGACAGUUACCGAGCCAUUGGUCUCUACUGGGUGGGAUCUUUUCUCAUGCGUGCCAUAGUCUACAUUCUUGGGAGUACUGUGGGAAAGCAUGGAACCGAAGUUAAUUAUUUCUUCCUCCUGCACAUGCUAUACAUCUCGGUGUCUGUUUGGGCCUGCUUCCGCAUCUUCAGUCAGCCCUCCACACAGGAAGAUGAGUUGACUGAGGCUGAACAAAAAAGUUUACUACACAGACCUCUGGACUUACUGUUCAUCAUCUACCUCGUCCCUGCUUUCGCUUUCUGUGUCUUCAGAGGCCUGGUUGUUCUGGACUGUUCCAGCACAUGGUGUCAAGAGUACACACAGCAGUAUGAGCCUUACCUGAAAGACCCUACUGCCUAUCCUAAAGUACAGAUGCUGGUGGGCAUGCUGUACUCUGGACCGUACUACAUCAUUACUCUCUACGGGCUGAUGGUCCCUGGAUGUGAGUGGAUGCCGGACCUGACUCUGGUGCACUCUGGAGCUCUGGCACAGGCCCAGUUCACUCAUAUCUGUGCGUCACUUCACACACGGACACCGUUUUCAUACAGAGUGCCUGCUGGCGGCCAGCCUGUCUUCUUGCUGGUCAACAUCCUGUACGCUCUGAUGCCUCAGGCUCUGUGCUACCGCUGCCGCACCAGGCCUGACUUCUUCCUCAGGCCAAUGCCAGAUAAAAAGACUGAAUGAAAGAGAGGCGUGAGAGUUCCAGGGAUGUCAAUGAUGCCUAAAUAAAAGGAUUGCAAAGUACUGCUCUCUCUGUUUGCAGUUAGUAGCAGAGGCUAUUUUUGGAGAGGAAGCAACAACCUUUAACCUUAGUGAAGGCUAAGUGGACGUAUUGGAAACAUCCAGGGUCCCACACAGUUUGUGUCAUCCAACACUUUUGGUCCCUUAUUUGGAAAAAUAGGAAUUGCUUAGAAUGUGUGUAUCGGAUUGAAAAAACUUGAAAAUGAUCCUUUUUCUUAUCGUUUUGAAGAGUUUAUUGGUAACAAAUCGUUCUACUUAUUCAUACUGACCUUUCUGUGCAGUGCUUAUUUUGCCAAUAGUUUGUAAAAUAAAGAAAUUAACAUGUCUGUAUGCUUUAGGAUACAUUCUAUAGAGAUAAAUAUUCAACCUUAAAAGGCAUUUUUUACAAAAAACUGUCUGUGAUUUUCCUAUUCAGAAUGCCUUGUUUGGAACUAUCCACACAGAUAGAAUAUGCAAUCAUUUUGUAUUCACUUCCCACUGAUUUGUUUGUCACUUUCAAGGGAAUUGUAAAUUAUAUGAGACAAUUAUUGUUUUGUCUCCACCAGCAAAUACAUUGUAGUUCAGGGGACAAAAUCUGAAAUGUUUUACGCUUUACUGUCUUUUUGGGCGGGGAGUUUUUCCUUAUCUGAAGCGAGGUAUAAAAGGACGACAGAGUAUGUCAUGCUGUAGCCUACUGACUGUAAAGCCCCUUGGGAAAUGCAUGCUUUGUGAUACUGUUAUAGGUCAAUAAAAGUGU